GGCCGGAUGUGCUUUGCUUCCGGGAAUUGAGGCCGUGGAAGAUUUCUUAGUUCGGUCUUAUAGCAAGAGAGCGCAAUUUGUCUUGGUGCUGAGAUCAAGUUUCUUUUUCCUGUACAGAUCCAAUUGCAUGGCCGUAGAGACAGUAGUUACACAGAGAAUGGGUCCAGAGAGGAUCUGUCCAAAUGAGCAUGAGCAGCUGGGGCUCCAAGAACCAUCUGAUGCAAUCCUUGAUCCCGUUGGCGAAUGGAGUAGUGAAGAACCAGAAGACGAGGAGGACGAGAAUAUUAAUAAUGGCUAUGUAUAUCAGCCACUGAACCAAGAACUGGAUCAGGGAUCAACAACACAUGAAUCAUCAGCAACUAGCACAGAGCCAGCUCUUGACAUCAAUCAGCGACUUCAGGCAAUGAGACUACAUCUGCCUGAUCCACCUAUCGAAAGUGAUAACGAGGAUGAAGAGAGACUGGUAGCUCAAAGCAGCCACAGUUCAAUCCCCAUGGAUCCAGAACAUGUGGAAUUAGUGAAAAGGACCAUGGCUGGAGUCAAGCUCCCUACACUGAGCAUUCCUGCAUGGGCCAAUGAGAUAUCGGAUGAGCAGUGGCAGGAUAUGGUGCAACGAACACUGCAAGACAGACAAAGUCAGAAUGGAUUUAAGCCAGAAUGGAAAUGAAGAGCUUCUUGUCUACAAAGAAAACAUCUAAACUGGAGUUAAUCUACUUUAAACUAUCUUGUUCUAAAGUGAUUAGGUAGUUAUCUCACUUUUAUUCAGCACUGAACCUGUCAAUUCAUCUGGUAAAACUGCAAAUAAUUCACUAGUUGUCUAUAGUACUUAGUUAUAAAUGCUUAGUGGUGGUGACUGUAAGGCUGUUUUCUUAAUCCUGAAAAGAAAAAAAUGUUUUGGAUAUGUGUUUAGUCUGUUCUUUCUCCUCUUCCCCACUACCUAUUGUGACACAUGGGCUAAAGAGCUAAACGUGGCCAUGAGGUGCAGUCCAGUGUAUCAUCUUUUCAAGAGAUCCAUUUUAUUUAGUUCUGUACAUACAGGGACAUCUGUACAAAAUCCAACACUGUCAUACUAUGUAAUACUCUACUGAAAAUAAAGUACACCAUAUGUACAUAAUGAAUUGAAAA